AUGGACGUCCCUGAGCCCGAGCAGACGCCAUUCACAGCAGUCACCGCGCAGACCUCAAAACUUGCUAGGCAAUACCAAACCUACCUCGACGCCUCCACACCAUUUACAGCCUACCGAUGGACAGGCACAGUUGUUCUCCUCAUUGUUUUCUUCCUGCGCAUCGUCCUCGCUCAGGGCUGGUACAUUGUCGCAUACACCGUCGGAAUCUACCUCCUCAACCUCUUCCUCCUCUUCCUGCAGCCUAAAUUCGACCCCUCUCUCACCCAAGACGAGGGCCUUGAAGACGGCGAUGCCGGCGCCCCCAGCCUCCCUACAAAGCAGGACGACGAGUUCCGCCCCUUCAUCCGCCGACUCCCCGAGUUCAAGUUCUGGUACUCGGCUACCCGCGCGCUCGCUAUCGGGUUCCUCUGCACCUGGUUCACUGUCUUUGAUAUCCCGGUCUUCUGGCCUGUUCUUGUGGUUUACUGGAUUUUGCUGUUUGUUCUGACGAUGCGCCGCCAAAUCCAGCACAUGAUCAAGUACCGCUACGUGCCUUUCUCCUUUGGAAAGACCAGAUACGGCCGCUCAUAG